AUGACAAACACUAACCGCGUGUUGGAGGGCAAAUUCGGCAUCGUCACGGGCGGGUCGCGGGGAAUCGGCGAAGCCAUUGCCCGCAACCUCGCCGCCAAGGGCUGCCAUCUCCUGCUGAACUUCACAUCUGCGUCUUCGCGCGCCAACACAGAGGAGCUCUGCACCUCGCUCGCCUCCACCCAUGGCAUCCGCUGCGAAAGCGUGCAGGCCGACCUGAGCAAGCCCGAAGAGGCCACCAAGCUUAUUCUCGAAGCCGCACAGAAGAGUUUCAGCGUGUCAGACAAGCUCCAAAUCGACAUUCUCAUCAACUGCGCCGGUGUGGCAGGCGACUGCAACCUGAACGACCCCGUCCGCGGUCCCAUCGCCGCCGAGCAGUUCAACUGGAUAUACACAAUUAACGUCCUAGCCCCGCUGCUCCUCACACAGGGAGUCGCGCCCUUCCUCCCGACCGAUCGCAGCGGCCGCAUCAUCAACAUCUCCAGCGUUUCGUCCCAGAUGGGAUUCGUGGGCCAGUCGGUGUACGGCGGGACCAAGGCCGCGCUCGAGUCGAUGACCCGUACUUGGGCGCGCGAGCUGGCAGACCGUGCCACGGUGAACGCGGUCAACCCGGGCCCUGUGGUGGGUGAUAUGUAUUUCGCGGCGGGCGAGGACUUCUGGCGGGAUAUUCAGGGAUUCCAGGAUAAUACUCCCGGCAGCAAGAUGGACCUGACGGACCCGGAGACGAUUGCUCACUUGACGAAGGAUCAGACGCGUUUGAUCCAGGAGAAGAUGGGUGGCCGCAGACCAGCCUUUACCAGCGAAGUCGCUGGUGUGGUGGGUAUGUUGACAACGCCGGAUGGCCAAUGGUGCACGGGAAGUUUGGUCUGCGCAAACGGAGGCAUGAAAAUGACUCUGUGA